UUGUGCAUAUGUGUGUUUGUGAUCGUAACAUGAAUCCUCAGAAUCGUCUCCAGUCCAAAUCCAGGUAAUCCACUUUCCCUGGUUUCGGUCUGAACUCCGAUCCACAAUUUCGUGUCCGUGUUUUCCGAUCAGCUUCCGCCUCACCGAGUAACAGGAAGUUGUCCCGGACAGAACCGGAAACUGAGUUUAUCCCCCAAAAUAUGAAUCAAAAAGUAGUUUUCUCCUAACUUCCCGGAACCUCCGACCCCUGAGAGGAUGUCUGCGUCUGCGAGGAGCGGGGAGAUCAUCCACCUGAACGUGGGAGGGAAGAGGUUCAGCACCUCCAGACAGACGCUCACCUGGGUUCCGGACUCCUUCUUCUCCAGCCUGCUGAGCGGACGCAUCUCCACCCUGAAGGAUGAGACCGGAGCGAUCUUCAUCGACAGAGACCCCUCUCUGUUCGCUCCCAUCCUCAACUUCCUGCGGACCAAGGAGCUGUACCCGCGCUCCAUCAACGUGCACCUGCUGGUGCACGAGGCAGAGUUCUACGGCAUCACGCCGCUCGUGCGGAAGCUGCAGCUGUGCGACGAGCUGGACCGCUCCUCCUGCGGAAACGUGCUGUUCAACGGCUACCUGCCCCCCCCAGUGUCGCCAGCCAAGCGUCGGAACCGCCACAGCGUGGCGGGGCCGCAGUUCAUGAUGGGCCGGGCCGUGGCGGCGGAGAGGGCGCCGGUGAGGCGCAGCAACACCAUGCCGCCCAACCUGGGGGGGGCUGGGAUCCUGAGGAGCUGCGAGGAGCGCGCACCCACAGGGGGGUCGGCGGACGCCGGCAUGGUGCGGAUCAUCUGCGGACACUAUAACUGGAUCGCCGUGGCCUACGCCCAGUUCGUGGUCUGCUACAGGAUGAAGGAGUCGACGGGCUGGCAGCAGGUCUUCACCUCGCCUCGCCUCGACUGGAUGAUUGACAGAGUGGCGCUCAACGCCAGAGUGAUGGGCGGCUCCCUGGGAGACAACGACAAAAUGGUGGCGGUCGCCUCGGUGACGGAGAUCAUCCUGUGGGCCAUCUGCCCCGACGGCAACGGAAACGAAAUCGGCGUCUUCAGCCUGAACGUGCCGGCAGAGGCGCUCUUCUUCGUUGGGAACCAGCUGAUCGCCACCAGCCACACCGGGAAGAUUGGGGUUUGGAACGCCGUCACCAAACACUGGCAGAACCAGGAUGUGGUUCCCAUCAGCAGCUACGACACCGCCGGCUCCUUCCUCAUCCUCGGCUGCAACAACGGCUCCAUCUAUUACAUCGAUGUUCAGAAGUUUCCUCUGAGGAUGAAGGACAACGACCUGCUGGUGACGGAGCUGUACCGAGACCCCACCGAAGACGCCAUCACGGCGCUCAGCGUUUACCUCACGCCCAAAACCAGCGACAGCGGGAACUGGAUCGAGAUCGCGUACGGAACCAGUUCUGGGACGGUCCGGGUCAUCGUUCAGCAUCCAGAGACGGUCGGGUCCGGACCCCAGCUCUUCCAGACCUUCUCUGUCCACCGCAGCCCCGUGACCAAGAUCAUGCUGUCUGAGAAGCACCUGAUCUCAGUUUGUGCAGAUAACAACCACGUGCGGACGUGGACGGUGACCCGCUUCAGAGGGAUGAUCUCCACGCAGCCUGGGUCCACGCCGCUCACCUCCUUUAAGAUCCUCAGCCUGGACGACGUGGACGGACACGGCGGCUGCAGCACCGGCACCGAGAUCGGUCCUUACGGAGAGAGAGACGACCAGCAGGUCUUCAUUCAGAGAGUCGUCCCGGACACGGAUAAGCUCUACGUCAGGCUGUCGUCCAACGGGAAGAGGGUGUGCGAGGUGCGCUCGGUGGACGGGACGCCCAUCACAGCCUUCGUGGUCCACGAGUGCGAGGGCUCCAGCCGCAUCGGCUCGCGGCCGCGCCGGUACCUGUUCAGCGGCCACGGCAACGGCAGCAUCCAGAUGUGGGACCUGACCACCGCCAUGGAGAUCGCCGGGAAGGUGGACAUCAGAGCGCUGGGCGGGCCCACAGAGGAGGAGCUGCUGGAGCUGCUGGACCAGUGCGACCUGGCUCUGACCCGAACUCCCGACAGCACCCCGAGAGCCUCCACCUGCAGCCUCCACUCUCAGCUCAGCGAAAGCUUUCGGAUGGAGCGCCUCCACGCCGCAGGAGGACGAGGAGCAAACGGAGCUUCGGGUUCCUCUGCGUCGCUGUGCAGCAGCCUCCCCCGGCAGGCCCCGCCCCCGCUGCCCCUGAGCAAACCCGCACGAGACCUCGGCCCCUCGCCCGUGCCUCAAAGCUUCGCUGUCCCCGCCCACUCCUCCAGCCCCCGCCCCACCAGGCCGGAGCGGGACGUGGCGGCCGUGCGCCGGGGCAGCUUCGUGGAGCGCUGCCAGGAGCUGGCCAAAGGUUCAGAGGCGGCCAGUUCGGUGUUCGGGCCCCCGGUUGGGGGGGAGGGCUUCAGGCGGAGCUUGGCGGUGUGCGGCGAGUUGGACGCCAGGUUCUCCUUCAGGAGCCCCACCAGCUUCUCCGUCUCCCCCGGGACCCGCCUCUCCUCUGGAACGCCGUCCCCUCUGUCUUCGUCUUCAUUACAGCGCAGAGCCACGCCCACCUCCCCGACAAGCCCCGCCCCCGCGGCGGCGGCUCACUCCCUGACCGCUUCCUCCCCUCGCCAGGCAGCGGGCUCACCUGUGGACGCACCCGCCUCACCUGAGAGCCCGGGCAGUCUGGACGGGCCCCCCACCUCACCCAAACCCCCCAUGAACGAGACCAGCUUCUGAGGGCUUAACCCAUGUUGUCAUGGUUACCGCAGACCCUUCGGUCCGCUCCGCUCUGGUCCCAGAACCCAGAGGUCCAACGAUGUCAGAUUUCUGAACCAGAACCGCCGUUUCUGUUCUACGAGAUCCAAACACGACGGGAGCCGAACGGGCGACCGAACCAAGACGAAGGUGACCCAUUUCAACCGUCAGAAACCGUUACAGGGAAAAGGUUCUGGUUCUGCUGCUGCAGAAGCCCCGCCCCCUCUGAGCUCACAUCUCAGAGUUGAAGGUGCAGAUGGCGCCGGCGCCCGGAGGGAAGGUGGGCCGGCUCCGUUUAGAAGGAUCCGAGAAGGCAGCUUUGGAGAAGACUUCGGUUCAAAUCCGGGACACCGAUUGAAAACUGAUCUGAGACCAGAUCUCAAAGAUCCACUUUGAUCUGUUGAAAUCCUGCAGACCAGCUGUUUGAUCACCUGAGGAGACUUCAGCACCGAUUCACGGUGAAAACAAAAACACGGGUCCAAGAACAGAACCCUGCGGCACACCAAGACCGAGUCCAGGUUUGCUUUUCAUCUGUUAUUUGGAAGGAGGUUAAACCAGAUGAUGGGAAUGAACGCUUUGGUUCUGAUCAGGAGCCAGAACCGGAACCACUCCAGCCUCCAAACCCACAUUUGGUCUGCAGGAGACGAUGCAAAGCUGCAGCAGAAGAAGGUUCCUGCUCUUCACCCUGAAGCCUUUUCUACCGACAUUUGGAUCAGAACCGUAUUUUUGUAGUUUUUGAUGUGAAGAAGCCGGUUUUCUGUCUGUGGGAGGAAGAAGCUUCUACCUGGAUGUGGAGCACUUCCUGUCCGAGGACAGGAGGAACGGCGCCCGCCAUCCAUCAAGGUGUCGAAGCAAACGUGACACCAAGAAGCACAAAUACAGACGUUCAGCUGUAGAACCCAACAGAACCAGAAACCUGCAGGUUCUGGCUCCUAAGCAGAACCCUGGUUCUAUCAGAAGCUCUGAUACAAAGGAGGACUGUAUGUGGACGCCGCCUGGGUUCUGUAGGUUCUGGUCCUUUUCAUUAAAGAUCUUUGACACCAGAA